AUGAAUAAGUGCCGCGUAGAUGGGCUUGAUCGCAUUGCUGAUGGCUACGAGAAUUAUGAAGAUUUUCUCGAUUCUCAAAUAACUGAAACGGACCUUUUCUACUUGGAGGAUGAAGAACUUGCCAGAGAACUGGUUGAGUUGGGCUACCGAGGAACUAGUGAAAUAAUAAAACGUGAACAAUUUAUAAAAAGAAAAGACGAACUUGCCGCUUUGGCGGAGAAGAGAAAAGUGGCCAAAAAAGCUUUGGACCAUGAAGGAAUUAUUAUAACAGAACCUGGUUUGCUAGCUUUGGCUGCUAGAGAGGAAUCGAAUCGCCGAGGAAACUUGUCAGUAUGUGAACUUUUUAUAUAUGUUUUGCACAAGACGAUUAUAUUUAUUCGCCACACAAAUACGAAGGGCCAAGAAAUUUCAGGCUACGUGGACUACGCACACCGUUUGAAAAAUGAGGAUUUUGUUCCUUACUUUUCUGGUAAAAAGAAGCUUCUGCCACGUGUGGGGGACUUGAGCUUCUAUAAUUGGGAAUCUCAACAUGUUUCGUCUACUUCGACGCCAAAUUAUAUUGUCAUUGCGGACAAUCCGAGUGGAUUACUUUUCAAAAAUAAAAGAGACAGGAAGCUCAUCAUUAUUGAUCCCUGGUCUCAAACUGCUGGGGACAACACUACACGCACAGCGGUUUACACAACGGAAUAUAAACAGUUUAUAUUAUAUGAUCAUAUUACGAGAAGGAAAACAUAA